AUGUCUCAGGCACGGCCUCUGUCACCUGUCACUGACAGAACGAGUACAGCAGCGUCAUUAUCGACCACUUCGACAGGCAACACACUGGGUGGAAACGAUCGACCUGUAGCUUCCCCAGAACGAGCUGCGCAAAAGCAGAACGCCGAUCCAGAGAAGCAACAACACGCACAACAACAACAUCAUGUGAAAGAGAAGGUUCCACAUUGGCGUCUGGUCUGGUCACAAACGCUGCUUACCGAUGCAGUAAUCAAUCACAAAUACAAGGGCAACGGUACCGAGGAAGACCCCUAUGUCGUCGAAUUCAUUCCCAACGACCCUCGCAAUCCUAUGGAAUUUGGCCAGGUCAAGAAGUGGUUCAUUGUCAUGACUAUGGCGGUCGCGACUCUUGCUGUCGCCUUCGUUUCCUCUGCAUAUUCCGGCGCAACGAGACAGGUCAUACAAGAGUUUGGCAUAUCUCAAGAGGUGUCUGUCCUUGGUAUCUCGUUGUUUGUCCUGGGUUUUGCAAUUGGACCUCUUUUGUGGGCGCCGCUAUCUGAGAUUUAUGGACGACAGAUUCUGUUCGCUGGAACUUAUAUGAUGCUUACAAUAUUCAAUGCUGCCGCGGCGGGUGUUAAGACCCCCUAUGGUCUGAUCAUCUUGCGCUUCUUGGCCGGCACUUUUGGCUCCUCUCCACUUACCAAUGCAGGUGGCGUGAUUGCUGACCUAAUGGCUGCCAAUCAGCGAGGUAUCGGCAUGAGUAUCUUUGCAGCUGCUCCCUUCUUAGGUCCUGUCAUUGGACCUAUUGUUGGAGGUUUUGUAGGAGAGACGAUCGGCUGGCGAUGGGUGGAAGGUGUCAUGGCCAUUUUCACUGGAGUUUUGUGGAUCUUCGGCACACUCGUCAUCCCCGAGACCUAUUCUCCCGUCAUCCUACGACGCCGCGCUGAGAAGCUGAGCAAAAUGACUGGCAAGAAAUACAUCUCCGUCUUGGAGAAGAGACAAGGCAAGACCACUCCUAAAGCUGCUUUCAAGAAGGCUCUGACUCGACCUUGGGCUCUUCUGUUCCUCGAACCUAUUGUCCUCUUGAUCAGCAUCUAUAUGGCCAUCAUCUACGGAAUUCUUUAUAUGCUCUUCGGUGCUUUCCCCAUUGUGUUUCAACAAACUCGCGGAUGGAGCCAGGGCAUUGGUGGCUUGGCUUUCCUCGGUGUCGCCGUUGGUAUGCUCAUCGGCGUUGCUUACGCCAUCUGGGACAACUCUCGCUAUGUCAAAGUUGAAGAUGAACACGAUGGAGAAGCACCACCAGAAGCCCGACUUCCACCUGCCAUCGUUGGCUCCGUGGCUCUACCUAUUGGUUUGUUCGUCUUUGCUUGGACAAACUAUCCAAGUAUUCACUGGAUCGUCUGUAUAUUAGGUACAGUGCCCUUCGGCUUUGGCAUGGUAUUGUUGUUCUUAGCAUUGAUGAAUUACCUGAUCGACAGCUAUACGAUAUACGCCGCCUCUGUACUGGCCGCAAAUUCUGUCCUCAGGUCUCUCUUUGGCGCCGCUUUUCCACUCUUCACAGCCGAUAUGUAUAGCAGUCUUGGUAUUCAUUGGGCUUCAACUAUCCCUGCCUUCCUCGCGUUGGCAUGCACACCAUUCCCUUACCUCUUCUACAAGUACGGUGAGCCAAUCAGGCUAAAAUGCAAGUAUGCCGCUCAAGCACACAAGAUCAUGUCCGACAUGCGAGCGCAACAGAAGGAGCUCAACGAAGAGGAAGAGGAGGAAACUGGACAAGACGAGGAAGUCAACGAAGAGAAGAACGAGCAAGGCGACCGUGUCGACAUGUCGAGGAUCGAUACUCACGAGAGCCGGACUGAUGCACCAGUGACAGCUGCGACCACGAGGACAAGAAGUAGACCUCAGCUCAGCAGAACCGGUACUCGAGCUAGUCGAGCUGAGACACGAGCCAAGAGAGAGGAGUUUGGAAGAGUGUACUCGUACGCGAGCCACCAUCAUUUCUAG